AUGGAAACGGAUGCAACAAAUCAUUUGACAGAGAAUGUAAGGGCUACAGGCGCUGUUCCAGCAGGUGUUCACACUCUGACUUUUCGAGUGAUUGACACGUCUGGAGGAAUUGAUACCGGCACGCUCACUGUCACAGUAACUAACUCCGCUCCAGUGUUAACAAACUCUGUCUGGACGGCCACAGCUGUCGAGUCAGACACGGAUGAAGCUCAGCUCUUCCUUAUAGAAUAUACUGAUGCCUCGGCGUCAGACUACGUCGAUUGUGUUGUUCAGUCCUCUACACCAGCAUCUAGCGACUUUUUUGUCCGUUACGACUCCGCAAAUAGCAAGUUCGCGGUGUACGUACAACAGAAUCCAAGUCUGACACAAUCCUCUUAUGCACUUGUGCUUGCUUGCACUGACCUGAGCGGAGACUCCGACACCGGAACACUCACCGUGACAGUUACACAGAACGCGGCUCCUGUCUUCCAAAACCCUGGCAGCUCCGUGACAAUCGCCGGUGCAUCCACCUCUGUGGGCACAACCGUCCACACGGUUACAACGACAGACUCGGACAGUCAGCAACUCUUCUACAACAUGACCACUAGUCCUGUCGGGGCGCCCUUCCAAAUACAAGACUAUUUGCCUGGCACUGCAAGCGUGGCGGAAAACACGGCGUCCGGAACGUCUAUAUUCCAGGUGACCGCCACAGAGUCGGACGCCGGACAGACAUUAACAUAUACUUCGUUCGCCAACCCUGGUUCAGCAAUGUCAUACCUCAGCAUGGACAGUUCAACCGGCCUCUUGUCCACGUCAUCAACCAAUAUCAAUUUUGAAACGGCGGCGGCAACGACUGUGACAGUGUCUGUGAUAGUGAGCGACGGAACGGCGACUGUGACGGCCGACCUGACUCUAACCAUAACCGACGUCAACGAGGCGCCGUCAUUUCAGAAGGCACAGUACACCUCGAGUGGCAGCGAAGGUUUGGCUGGUACUAGCUUCAGUAAUCCUAACUUUGUGAUAAAUGAUGAGGACACUUCUGAUACACAUACCUACACCAUUGACUGCCCGUCCACAUUCGCAAUGGACCCAACCACUGCUGCUUUAGCUCUUGUUACAACCUAUGACGUCGACACCGGAGGUGCCGCAACGACAGUCACGUGCACAGCUACGGUUUCGGAUUCCCAGUUAACCGACACGACAUCGUUAACAAUGACCGUGAAUAACAUCAACGACAACACGCCGACGUUUAGUCCAUCCGUGUAUGUCUGGAAUAUGGACAGUUCUAGCACCAUCGGUAGUACGGUCGGUUCUGUGACAGCAACAGAUGGCGACAUUGGAACCUUCGGGACGUUUUCGUACACGCUGGACACUUCCACAGACGCUGCUUACUUUGGUGUUACUAGCGCCGGUGUCGUUUACGUCAAAAGCAACGUUGCAUCGCUUGGUGCUGCCGGCAGUACACUUGCAUUCAUCGUCACGGCAAACGACACUGGAGGUUUAUCAACGAAUGCAGCAAUACAGAUUAUCAUUCCCGCUACAACUACUACCUCAACUACUACUACAACUGACCGACACCUCACGUUUGCUGAGAGUACGAGCAAUGUGGCGUGGCUGACCACAUUCUGUGGCGCGGGAGCGCUACUUUUUGGUCUUUUGAUGUUUAUGGCUUAUAAAAAUGGCUUAUUUUCGUGGUUUGUGGAUGCGUUGGAGAGACUAUGGGACGCUUGCAGACCGAGCAGGUGCCGUGACCCCCCAGCAGACGAGGAGGAAUUUGAGGAGGAAAGUGAAGAGGAGGAGGAAGAAGAAUAUGUGUACACGCCACCUGUACGCAACCAGAAAGUGGUCACUAUAGGGGAUUACGGUUGGAACCCGUGGAAACAGGACAAGUAA